AUCUUCUUCCGAUCCUAUAUAUGAAGGCCGUUUCUCCUCUUCUACAGCUGCACGGAAAGUCAUUGAAAGAAAUAAUUUCUGCCUCAACUCAAGCGUUAUUCAUGAAGUUAUGUUUAGAAUUAACAGCUUUAAUAAAGAUAAAUAUCACCCUUUUGUGGAAAUUCCUCUUAGCAAACAUGAGAGAUGAUAACAUAUUUCAUCAUGGUGAUUCACUUGGCAGGACUCUUACCAAACCAUGAACUUAAAGCUAUCCAAAUUUCAUAGCCAUUUUCCCGCUUCUCUCUCUCCCCAUUUAAUUGUUGUCCUCUCACCCACAACUCCAUUUACUUCCUUCCUUUUACUACUUGCUUCCUUUCACCAAUUUUCCUCAUAUAAUCAGCAUGUGCUACGGCCUGGUGCUACCCCAAAUAUGGUCAUCCAAAGGCUUGAAAGACAAAUCUUGACCAGGGCAAUGUGAUCUGUACUAGAGGCACAUGGAUGAGAAUUAUAUCCACUAUCCAUCUACUUCAUUGGGGGUGCGAUUAUGCGAAACCAUGAGGGGGAGCUGGUCUUUGCGAUCUCCUUUCCAGUAAUAGCCUCGUCGAGUGUUGAAGCUGAGAUCCUCUCCAUUAUUUUGGCAACAACGUAUGCUAUUCAGAUCGGAUUCUCGGACUUCCUGGUUGAAAGCGAUUCCACUGUAGCCUUGAGCUACAUCUUGGAAGGAGGACGAGGAAGAUGGAUGGAUGCAAUAAAGGAAAUGAUACUUAUCUCUUUCAGGAAAUCAAUCUCUUUUGGAUCGGUUAUGCGUGAAGGGAAUUGGGCCGCACAUCACUUGGCAGCCCAAUCUAUAACUCAAUGGCAAUUUUUUCAGCGGGCUUGUGAUCUUCCGGGUCCAGUUAAACAGGCUUACUAUGCGGAUUAUUUCGGUCUUUCCAACUUUCGGUAUAACUAAUUUUCCUUCGUUUU